AGGAAAAAAGAACGAAGAAGUGCCGCGCUAUUUCCACUCGAAAGGGCCGUCGACGGUGAUUGCAGAGAUUUCCCGUUUGUGUAGCUGAUAAAGAGGCCCGCCCGGGCACUUGGCUAAUCGCAUAAGCGCAAGAGCUUCACUAUGUCAAUUAAGGAGAAGGACCUGUACCGCGACACACCUGUGCGAUAUUUAGGAUAUGCAAACGAAAUCGGCGAAGCGUUUCGACCGGUGAUAAAGAAAAUAUUCGUACACGCUAGCUAUGGGGUCGCGAUCAGCUACGUUUUGGCCGAUACGGCGGAUAAAUCGAAGAAGCAGUAUGUAAAACCGGAAAUACUAGGAGGCGGCCUUCGUGGCGCCGCCGUUGCAUCCGGCGAUACUUUGCUGUGGCAAAUGUUCGCCUCCGUCAUCAUCCCGGGAUUCACCAUCAAUCGUAUCUGCUGGCUAUCGAAGAAGGUACUGAAGGCGAACAAAGUGAAGGGUCCGGUUGCAAAGUGGGGACCAACGAUGCUUGGACUGCUGGCCAUUCCGUUCAUAAUACACCCGAUCGAUAGUGCAGUCGACUACGCCAUGGACAAUACCUACCGAAAGUAUGUGAAGUAGUUCCACGUUACAGAGUAUCACGGUACGAGGAUUGCGUUAACUUGCCUACACUACUAGAUUUCACGCUCAAAUAGUGGUAGCUUUAAUUCGAUGUGCAAAACGGGUUCGUGCCAACGGUUAAGGGAAACACUAGAAAUAGUCUAGAACCUUAAGUUCUCGGCGCACAACGACGUUGUUUAUUUACACUUUUAGAUGUGAUGCUGUUCACUGUUGCCGCGACUGCUAGAACAAGCGUUGUGCUAUCUUUAAGCAUUGAGUGAAUGGACUGUUCUAACACUGAUACGGUGUUUUAUUGCCGACAAUAAUAAAGCAUACUGUUGCC